GAGAGAGAGAAAGCUAGCAAAACCCUCUUCACGUCUUGCUUCGCCUUGCACGAUUUUCACGAACAACGAAGCUGAUCGAUAUCAUCGGGUUAAAAGGGAAAGCUCGUCAACGCGAACCACGACACAUCUGGGAAUUUUAAUCUUAUUCAUGUUUCUUCCUGAUUUCUCUUAAAUUCGCUUAUUCGUCGAGGAAGAGAGAACAGUGACGGUGCGCGAAAUUUGAAAGAAAAGAUUUUCGCAUUUUUCGAUCUUCCAGUCGUAAACUUCAAAAAAAAACAGACGUUCGAAGUGGAAAGACAUUGGUCGGUCUCUCCGUGCUCUCCCCUUCCAUUCUUCUCUCUCACCCUCUCCACAGCGGUGCACGCAAAUACGAGAAGGAAAAACCCCUUGUGUUUGUGCGGACGCGAUACCGUUAAGCACGUGUACUCAUUGUGACUUAUGCGAAUGGAAACCUAUUUCUACUGAUAGUUAGAUUUUCUUGAAGAACGAAUGCAUCAAUCGUGAAUUGAUUUAGUGAUAAAUAAUAAAGAUAAAGAAUUCUUUAGGAUGAUCGAAAGAACGAAGAAUCAAUGAAAUCGAUCGACGACGUAAUGCGAAGGAAAGAAAAUAAAUAAGAAAGAUCUCUAAAUCGAGUAGCUCUGUUAAAUCGGCGGUUCGUUACUUAUCACCGAGCGGGGAUCUACGAGUGGAAGUUAAAGAAGACUGGGGGAAAAAAAUCGAUUGAUUUACGAUUAUUCACGAUUUUUCUUAAUUUCGGACGACAAAUCGAAUAUACAAAUUGAUUGUAAUAUCAAAAAUGUCACCGGAUUACGUUAAAGCCAUCGAGGGUGGCGUACAUCCAACACAGAUUAUAGAAACGAAAAUCUUCGCACGAAGAUGGCUGAUCUUGACGAUCUUCGUACUAUACAGUGCCAGCAACGCGAUGCAAUGGAUUCAAUACAGUAUCAUCGCGAACAUAGUCGAACGAUAUUACAAUGUUUCGAGUUUUCUAGUAGAUAUGACGAGCAUGAUAUACAUGAUAACGUAUAUACCGUUCAUAUUUCCAGCUAGUUAUCUUCUCGACAGAUUCGGACUCCGAUUUGCCGUUAUAGUGGGAGCGAUCGGAACGACGAUCGGUGCAUGGAUAAAAGUUUUUAGCGUUUCACCAGAUCUAUUUUGGAUUACCUUCAUCGGUCACACGUUUGUCGCCGUCAGCCAAACUUUUGUUCUUUCCGUUCCUGCUCGAUUAGCAGCUGUUUGGUUCGGUCCGGAUCAAGUUAGUAGCGCUUGUAGCAUCGGCGUUUUUGGAAAUCAGUUGGGUAUAGCCAUCGGUUUUCUAUUUCCGCCGAUCUUAGUACCAAACAGCGAUGAUCUUGCCGUAGUCGCGCGUGGCUUUCAAAUCAUGUUUUACAUCGUUGCAGCUUUCACGUCGUUGAUAUUGGUAGUAAUACUUCUCUUCUUUAAAGCGCAACCACCCCUUCCUCCCAGUCCCGCGCAAGCCGUGCAAAGAGAGAACGAUUCGGCAGAAGAUUUUAUACAAUCUAUCAAAAGGCUCUUCACUAACGUAGGAUACCUGUUGCUUUUAUUGAGCUAUGCUAUAAACGUCGGGAUAUUCUAUGCGAUCAGUACACUUCUCAAUCAAAUCAUUUUAGAAUAUUUCCCGAGACACGAGGAAGACGCCGGUAGAAUCGGCUUGACCAUCAUAUGUGCCGGAAUGUUGGGUUCAGUAGUCUGUGGUAUCAUAUUAGAUAAAACGCAUAAAUACAAAGAGACAACUAUUGGAAUUUAUUUCUUCUCUUUCCUGGGUAUGAUCGUUUUCACGUUUACUCUGGACAUUGGUCGGAUAUACAUCGUUUACAUUAUAUCCGCUUUACUUGGAUUUUUCAUGACCGGUUAUUUACCGGUAGGUUUCGAGCUCGCUGCUGAAUUAACUUAUCCAGAACCAGAAGGAACAGCCGCGGGAUUGCUCAAUGCCGUGACACAGGUAUUUGGUAUAAUUUUCACGAUCCUCUAUGGCAAUUUGAUCAAACUAUUGAGCAAUUUGUGGGCAAAUAUAGUUUUAUGCAUCGCCCUAGCCAUCGGAGCCUUUCUCACAACGAUAAUACCCAAUGAUCUUAGAAGACAGAACGCCAAAUUCUAAAACACAGAACGAAAGUACAAAUGUAGACCUGUAAGCUGGACAACGAGGGAUAUUAUUUUCUUGGAGCUUAAACGACGGUGACGUUUCUAUACUGUUGCAUAUGUGUUUUAUUUAAAAUAAUCUAUCGUUCGUCGAAAAACGUACUCGUAAUCGUCGUCCUUGACUUUAGUAGAAUAUUAAAUAUCAUAGCGACGACAAGAUUUGCGUCACGAUCGAGGCUCCAAGUAUUUUUAUUGAAGUUAUGAUCUAACAAUAAGUAGAAAGUAAGAAACGUUGAUCCCUGAAUAUCGUAGAUGAAUAUUUUUUUUCAGUAAGAUAUAUAUAUAUAUAGAAAAUAUAUAUAUUUUUCCAGAUGGAUUGACAGAAAAAGGUAAAAUUGCAGGACAAUAGAUACAAUAAUAAUAAGAAUAAUACAAAAAAAAAUAUUUUUAGUACAUAGAGUAGUAGGUAUAAGGUAUUAUGAUGCUGUGCAUCGAACAACGUAAUUAUAUUUUAUGUAUUAUCAAAGAAAAUGGAAUUAGAAUUAAAUGAAGGUGUACCUUGUCUUCGUUUUUACUUUUUACGGAAAGGAUAAUAAAGAGAAGAGUCAAUAUCGUAUAGAGAGUUCCUAGAAAAA